AUGUGGCCUGUCGCUUUUCCGACCAUAUAUCACACCAACAUUGCCGGCAACCUUUUCCUCCCUGACAACCUGGACCGCAGCCAGAACUACUCUGCCGUGGUGGUUAGCCACCCCAUGGGAGCAGCGAAAGAACAAAGCGCCAACCUGUACGCUACCAAGAUGGCUGAGCAAGGUUUCAUCGCUAUUUCCAUCGACCUUCCAUCGUACGGCGGCAGUGAAGGGCAACCCCUCAAUAAUGUUAAUCCGGAUAUGUAUGCAGAGGGUGUUAGCGCCGCUGUGGACUAUCUCGGCCUCCAAUCCUAUGUUGACCGCAGACGCAUCGGUGCCAUCGGUAUCUGCGGAUCUGGAGGCUUCGUUGUCAGUGCUGCAAAGAUCGACNCCCGCAUCGCAGCCGUAGCCACGGCCAGCAUGUACGAUAUGGGCGCGGUCAACCGCGAUGGACUCCAGCACUCCCAGAAUGUCAAGCAACGCAAACAAGUCAUAGCCCAGGGAGCCGAACAACGUUGGACCGAGGCCGCUGGCGGUGAGGUCGCCUACAGUCUGGGAACUNCUCUCCAGAUCACCAACUCUUCUAUCGCUCUUGAUCGCGAAUUCUACGACUUUCAUCGCACCUCGCGCGGUGAAUUUACACCACCAGGCUCAGCUCCAAAUGUGACCACUGGACGCAGCAUCACCAGCAACCUCAAGUUCAUGAACUUCUACCCAUUCAACGACAUUGAGACAAUUUCUCCAAGACCAAUACUGUUCAUCUCUGGUGACAUCGCACACUCCCGCGAGUUCAGUGCUGAUGCAUACGCUCGUGCUGCAGAGCCCAAGGAUAUUAUCUGGGUACCUGGUGCAGGACAUGUUGAUCUCUACGAUCGCNGGAUUCCAUUCUCUAGGCUAUUUGACUUCUUCCGCACCAAUCUGGCGCCUCGAUAA